AUGUCCAGCCCAGUGCCCCAGUCUGCUCCCUCAGGCACUCAGGUUCAGCCCGGGAGCCCGCGCCCCUGUCCGGGAGCCUCAGUAGUCCCGCACCGCCUAGCUCGGGGACGCCUGGAGUCAUCCUUCUCUGUCGAGGCCAUCCUGGCGAAACCCAAGACUCGAGAGCUGGCUGCCACCUCUCUGCCACUCUCUAACUGCACCAGUCUGAACCUCCUCGGGUUGGUGUCGCAGUAUGGGGUCCUGCCCUGGGUGUGCUCCACAGGGUCUUGGCUGCCCCCCUACCUGAGCGUGGGCGUCUACCCGCUGUGCUCCACAUCCUGCGUGCCCGGACUGAAUGUGACUCACCACCUCUGCCAACAGGGCCUCAGGCUCACAGGAUCAGAGCUACCUUACUGUCUAGGUCCUCUGAAAUGGGCACCCACCGUGGACCUUCGGGACCACGGCACCGAGAGACACCCAAAGAGGGUUCGCACAAUGUUUAACUGGCGGCAGCUGCAAGAGCUGGAGAAGGUGUUUGCAAAGCAGCACAACCUGGUGGGGAAGGAGAGAGCCCAGCUGGCUGCCAGGCUGCACCUCACAGAGAACCAGGUGAGGAUCUGGUUCCAAAAUCGCAGGGUGAAGUAUCAGAAGCAGCAAAAACUGAAAUUCCCUUCCUCCUCUGUCACAGAGGAGCCCUCCAGCAGCUCAGAUGGCAACAUCCAGAGUGAAGAUGCUGAGUCAGGAGUUGGCAGUUAA